UCUGGGUUCGUUCUCCCCAGCCUCGUCUCUGUGUUACGCUGCCGCCGCCGCCACUGCGGUUGCUGCCGCCUUCCCGUCAGCGCGAUCAGUGAGACCCACGGAUCAAGGGGCUCUCGCGUGGGGAACCAAGGGGGGCUGCGGGAGUCCGAAGCCAGCGUGCCCACUGCUGACAUAGCCGGGGUUAACGUGAGGCAAAUCCAGCCUAGGCGUCAAGGCAGCGGAUAACUUGGAGUGGUUACAAGUCUGUGAUUACAGAGAGCGAGCGAGAGAGCAGGAACUCUCUGAAAGAAACGGCCAUCUCCGGAAUGCAGAGAAUGGGCUCCUAGUCGAGGGCUUACUGUUGUGAGUUGUUCUGAAACACAGUGGUAAACGUGGAGAACGGGAGCUGUUCCUCUGUAUAAAGAGUCUGGCCGGAGCUGUCAGAACCACGCCUAUAGGGGCCCACAAUUGGUCCAGAAAGCGUAAAAUCAGCAAUCAAAGGGGCUUGGUUCAUUAGUGCUGGGGAUGGAGGCAGGAAGGACAUGUGAGAUAGUCACAGAUCUGCAGUGAACGGGGCCACAUCUCUCCAGUCAGUGUGGGAUGACUGAAGCAGAGAAACAGCUUAUUUCUCCAAGAGGCACACAACGCAGCCGGGCUCCCCCUCCACAGCGCAGCUUCUGCUGAAGGACUCGGCGGAGGGACCAUAGGAAAAGCACACCAAAACAACUCUGGGCUAUUUUCUUCACCGUGAUAACGCGUUGUGGCAGGGCGCUGUACUCUUCUGUACAGCUUUACCGAAAUUAACUGCUCGCGAAGCGCGGACCUACUCUGGCUCAAGGUUCGGGGAAAUACCACUAAAAAUAUCCCUUAUUUCACUUGGUUUUUGUGGAUGCACCGAUGAGAGAUCCAGUUUUUACAGGGACUGCAAUGGCUUAUCACCCUUUCCACGCACACCGGCCAACCGACUUCCCCAUGUCCGCCUUCCUAGCGGCCGCGCAACCUUCCUUCUUCCCGGCGCUCAGCCUGCCUCCCGGGGCGCUCACCAAGCCCAUCCCGGACCACGGCCUGGCCGGGGCGGCGGAGGCUGGGCUCCACCCGGCCCUCAGCCACCAUCAGGCGGCUCAUCUGCGCAGCAUGAAAAGCCUGGAGCCCGAGGAGGAGGUGGACGACGACCCCAAAGUUACACUGGAAGCCAAGGAUCUUUGGGACCAAUUUCAUAAACUCGGGACGGAGAUGGUUAUUACCAAGUCCGGAAGGAGGAUGUUCCCUCCGUUCAAAGUGCGAAUAAACGGGCUCGAUAAAAAAGCCAAAUACAUCCUGCUGAUGGACAUAGUGGCGGCGGACGACUGCCGCUACAAGUUCCACAACUCCCGCUGGAUGGUGGCGGGCAAGGCCGACCCGGAGAUGCCCAAGAGAAUGUACAUUCACCCGGACAGCCCGGCCACCGGCGAGCAGUGGAUGGCCAAGCCUGUUGCUUUCCAUAAACUCAAGCUGACCAACAACAUCUCAGACAAACACGGAUUUACCAUCCUGAACUCUAUGCACAAGUACCAGCCCCGGUUCCACAUAGUGCGGGCCAACGACAUCCUGAAGCUCCCUUACAGCACCUUCCGGACCUACGUGUUCCCGGAGACCGAGUUCGUGGCUGUGACGGCCUAUCAGAACGACAAGAUAACGCAGCUGAAGAUUGAUAACAACCCUUUUGCCAAAGGAUUCAGAGACACGGGGAACGGGAGGAGGGAGAAAAGAAAACAACUGACCAUGCCAUCGCUGCGGAUGUAUGAGGACCAGUGCAAGGUGGACCGGGAGGGUGCGGACUCGGACGCCUCUUCCAGUGAGCCCCCGGCCGGCAGGGACGCCGUCCACUCCCCGCUGGGAGCUGGUACCAGUCCGCUAAGGUUCAGCAGACCCAGUCGAGAUGAAAAAACAUGCACUGACAGCGAGCAGGAGCUGGAGCAUCAGGACGAGCACUGCACUGCCUCCAACAGCCCAGGACCUGAGCCCGUGUCCCCCUACAGCUCCAGGUGUGAGGACCGCAUGCGUGACAGGCCUAGCACAGAAAAGAAGGAUGACUCCAUAUUCAGUAUAAGGAACCUUGAGAAGGACAAAGCAGAGAGCAGGCACAGGAAGGACAACACGGAUGUCCCGACAAAGGACUCAGAGGCUGGAGGCAUUGGUGCCAGUAAGGACGCAUUCUCUCCUCUUAUGGUCCAGACUGAGAGCCCCUCACACUUCAGCCCAGGCCACUUACAAAGCCUGGCUCUGUCCGGCCUGCACAGUCAGCAGUUCUUUAACCCUCUGAACACCGGAUCGCCACUGUUGUUUCACCCAGGGCAGUUUGCCAUGGCCCCUGGAGCCUUUUCUGCUAUGGGCAUGGGGCAUCUUUUGGCCUCUGUAUCUGGAGCAAGUGGUUUGGAUAAUGGCAGCCUCUCCGGCCAGAGUACGGGAGGAACCCCCAACCCCUUCCCCUUCCAUCUGUCCCAGCACAUGCUCGCCUCUCAGGGCAUCCCGAUGCCUCCAUUCGGAGGGCUGUUCCCAUACCCUUACACCUACAUGGCAGCGGCUGCAGCGGCAGCCUCAGCCUCAGCCCUUCCCACCACCAGCACCUCCAGCCCACUCUCCAGGAAUCCCUUCCUGGGCUCGUCCCGGCCUCGGCUCCGCUUCAACCCUUACCAGCUGCCAGUGUCGCUGCCUCAGAGCUCUAAUCUGCUCACCACCGGUCUCCCCAGCAGCCUCAACCCAGGCUCGGAAUCCUCCAAACCGGGCAGUAGAGAGGCCAGCCCAGCCCCGGAGCACCACAGCAACCACAAGUCAGGAGGGUCAAGUGGGAGGGCAGCAUCCCCCAAAACCUCUAUGAAGGACUCAGUGAAUGAGCUGCAAAGCAUCCAGAGACUGGUGAGCGGCCUGGAGGGCCAGAGGGAGCCCUCCCCGACUGCAGACUCUCCCAAGUGAUGAAGACUCUCUGUUUGGGAUGAAGUCUUGGCUUGAAUACCAGAGGACUAUAAGUGCAUAUGUCCUGUACAGCACAUUACAGAGAGUGGGAUGUGGGUUUGACCGAUAAGGGUCGGUGAAGGCUGAUAACUGAUAUUUUUUGGAACAAAGCUACAGAUUGAAUGAAAUUUAGUCUAUAUAAUUAAAUUUGACCUUUUUAAAUUCACACUUAUUGAAGGUUUCCCUUUUAGAGCUGACCUAUUAGAAAGAUCGGAAAGCGUGUCAGACAACAUUUCGACUAUCAUCAGACACUAAAGCUCUUCCUUGAAGCCCAGUGUUAGAGUUAGCAGCUGUUGACAGCAGCAGGCUGACCACCCAAGAAACUCUGGAAUACGUUUAUACGUUGAUGGAAUAAAAAUGAAUGGACAAAAAAUUAUAAGUACGUGAAUUAAAUUGCGCAAUGAAUGAAAAAACAAUAAAACACUAAAUAAUCAUAAGAAUAUUAUUUUAAAAAAAACAAACGGUUAGGUUCAAGGAAGUGUCAAGUGUCAUAGAGACCAACACUGAUUAUUUCCACUACCAAAAACGUGAUCAUAUCCAGUAUAUCAGAGGUGGACCACACAAGGCCAGUAUUGGCCCCAUAUAUCGGUCUAACCUGCCUGCGAGCCCGCCGCUCCACAGGCUGAGCGGCGCACAGUGGAAAGUGUGUUGGCUGACUUGGAGCCUCUGUGCAUCCAGGCCUGGUUUUGAAACACCCAAGUCGAUCCCUGAACCGGAGCCUCAUCCCGCCGACGGGCAGGUCUCAGGCUGCGUCCAAAAACUUUUUUUUUUAUUUUAUUUUUUUUCCCAGGCCUGAUCAUUUCAAAACAAAAACAAAAAAAA